GUAGGGCGACUCGGAGGGCACAGAACAGGCUCUGCUGAGGUCCUCUACUCUUCACCUCUCGCCCCCCCAGCCCCCGGCCCCGCCCGCGUUCCAGCAUCCUUGCAACCAGUUGAAUCAAUUCACAGUUCAGGAGCCCGGGGAACGGAAUUGGUUUCUGAAUCUUCCGAUAAUUCUGCCGCCACGACUUGAACCGUGUGCGACGCGAGCUCGAAACAAACACAUCUAAAUUAAAAAAAAAAAAAAAAAAAGCGGAAGAAGCGGCCGAGGAGGCGGCGGCGGGAGGAGGAGAGGAGGAGGGGCCGCGCGCGGCGGCCCGAGGCGGCGGCGGGGACGCGGGGACGCGGGGACGCGGCUUUGUGCUGGCGGGUCGUGGGGCGCCCAUGGCGGAGUGCGGCCGGGGGGGCGCCGCCGGCGGGGCCCUGCCCACCUCCCCGGGUCCGGCCCUCGGCUCCAAGGGCGCCCUGAAAGCUGGAGCCGGGGAAGGCGGCGGCGGCGGCAGCAGCGGCGGCGGGGGAGGUCGCCUCGGCCACGGGCGGGCGCGCUAUGACAGCGGCGGGGUUUCCAACGGAGACUGCAGCCUCGGCGUGUCCGGGGACGAAGCCCGAGCCAGCCCCGCCGGGGGACUCCACGGCGCUGCGAUCGCCCCGACCCCCAGCCCGGCCGCCUGCCCCUUCCCCCGGGAAAGCAAACCCGGCGGCCUGCCCCGCCGGAGCAGCAUCAUCAAGGAUGGUACAAAACAGAAAAGAGAAAGGAAGAAGACUGUCUCGUUCAGUAGCAUGCCGACAGAGAAGAAGAUCAGCAGCGCAAGCGAUUGCAUCAAUUCAAUGGUCGAGGGUUCAGAACUCAAAAAGGUUCGCUCCAACUCCAGGAUUUACCAUAGGUAUUUUUUACUGGAUGCUGACAUGCAGAGCCUGAGGUGGGAACCAUCUAAGAAGGAUUCUGAGAAAGCCAAGAUUGAUAUUAAAUCCAUCAAGGAAGUGAGAACAGGAAAAAAUACAGACAUAUUCCGCAGCAAUGGCAUUUCUGACCAGAUAUCUGAAGAUUGUGCAUUUUCAGUCAUUUAUGGAGAGAAUUAUGAGUCACUUGAUUUGGUUGCCAACUCUGCAGAUGUUGCGAACAUCUGGGUUACGGGACUGCGGUACCUAAUUUCUUAUGGAAAACAUACCCUUGAUAUGUUAGAAAGUAGCCAAGACAAUAUGAGGACUUCUUGGGUUUCACAAAUGUUUGGUGAAAUUGAUGUAGAUAACCUUGGACAUAUAACUCUGUGUAAUGCUGUGCAGUGUAUCAGAGACCUCAAUCCUGGUUUAAAAACUAGCAAAAUUGAGCUUAAGUUCAAAGAAUUGCACAAAUCCAAGGACAAAGCUGGUACUGAAGUCACAAAGGAAGAAUUUGUUGAGGUUUUCCAUGAGCUUUGUACCAGACCUGAAAUUUAUUUCCUUUUAGUUCAGUUUUCAAGCAAUAAGGAAUUUCUUGAUACCAAGGACCUUAUGAUGUUUCUUGAGGCAGAGCAGGGUGUGGCACAUAUAAACGAGGAAAUCAGCCUUGAAAUUAUUAACAAAUAUGAGCCAUCCAAAGAAGGCCAGGAAAAGGGCUGGCUUUCCAUAGAUGGGUUCACUAAGUACCUUAUGUCCCCUGACUGUUAUAUAUUUGAUCCGGAACAUAAGAAGGUCUGUCAAGAUAUGAAGCAACCUUUGUCUCAUUACUUUAUAAACUCAUCUCAUAAUACAUACUUAAUAGAGGAUCAGUUCCGAGGUCCCUCUGACAUCACAGGAUACAUCCGAGCUCUUAAAAUGGGUUGCCGGAGUGUUGAAUUAGAUGUAUGGGAUGGGCCAGAUAAUGAACCUGUAAUUUACACGGGCCACACCAUGACCUCUCAGAUAGUCUUCCGCAGUGUCAUUGAUAUUAUUAACAAGUAUGCAUUCUUUGCUUCAGAGUAUCCUCUUAUCUUGUGUUUAGAAAAUCACUGUUCUAUUAAACAGCAAAAGGUAAUGGUUCAGCACAUGAAGAAAAUUUUAGGGGACAAGCUCUAUACAACAUCGCCCAAUGUGGAGGAAUCUUACCUACCAUCCCCAGAUGUCCUGAAAGGGAGGAUACUAAUUAAAGCAAAGAAGCUGUCCUCAAAUUGCUCUGGUGUAGAAGGGGAUGUUACUGACGAAGAUGAAGGGGCAGAAAUGUCUCAGAGGAUGGGCAAAGAGAACGUCGAGCAGCCCAACAACGUGCCCUUGAAGCGAUUUCAGCUCUGUAAAGAACUGUCUGAACUGGUGAGCAUCUGUAAGUCCGUUCAGUUCAAAGAAUUUCAGGUAUCAUUUCAGGUUCAGAAGUACUGGGAAGUCUGUUCGUUUAACGAAGUGCUUGCCAGCAAAUACGCCAAUGAAAAUCCAGGGGACUUUGUAAAUUACAACAAACGUUUUCUCGCUAGGGUUUUCCCCAGCCCAAUGCGAAUCGACUCCAGUAACAUGAACCCUCAAGAUUUUUGGAAGUGUGGUUGUCAGAUUGUAGCCAUGAACUUUCAGACCCCAGGCCUGAUGAUGGACCUGAACAUUGGCUGGUUUCGGCAGAACGGAAACUGCGGCUACGUCCUUCGGCCAGCCAUCAUGAGGGAGGAGGUUUCUUUCUUCAGUGCCAACACGAAAGACUCCGUCCCAGGAGUCUCACCGCAGCUUCUUCACAUUAAAAUCAUCAGUGGGCAGAACUUUCCCAAACCCAAAGGGUCAGGUGCCAAAGGAGAUGUGGUGGAUCCUUACGUCUACGUGGAGAUUCACGGAAUCCCUGCCGACUGUGCGGAACAAAGGACAAAAACAGUGCACCAGAAUGGAGAUGCUCCCAUUUUUGAUGAAAGCUUCGAAUUUCAAAUCAACCUACCUGAACUGGCCAUGGUGCGCUUUGUAGUCCUAGAUGAUGACUACAUUGGGGACGAAUUCAUUGGCCAGUACACAAUUCCCUUUGAAUGUUUACAGACAGGCUACCGCCACGUGCCCCUGCAGUCAUUGACUGGAGAGGUCCUAGCGCACGCUUCUUUGUUCGUCCACGUGGCUAUUACUAACCGAAGAGGAGGAGGGAAACCUCAUAAAAGGGGCCUUUCUGUGAGAAAAGGGAAGAAAUCCAGGGAAUAUGCGUCUUUAAGAACACUGUGGAUUAAAACUGUGGAUGAGGUGUUCAAGAAUGCCCAGCCCCCGAUCCGGGAUGCCACGGAUCUGAGAGAGAACAUGCAGAAUGCCGUGGUGUCAUUCAAGGAGCUGUGUGGCCUCUCCUCUGUGGCCAAUCUCAUGCAGUGCAUGUUGGCGGUGUCUCCCCGCUUCCUGGGACCUGAUAACACGCCCCUGGUGGUCCUGAAUCUGAGCGAGCAGUAUCCCACGAUGGAGUUGCAGGGAAUUGUGCCUGAGGUUCUAAAGAAGAUUGUAACAACUUACGACAUGAUGAUCCAGUCCCUCAAGGCCGUGAUUGAAAAUGCAGAUGCUGUGUAUGAGAAGAUUGUACAUUGUCAGAAGGCAGAUACUUUGAUGUGCCACGAGACACUUGCAGACCGUGCUUAUUAAGGGGUACAGGUCUGUGAUUCAUCAGUCUUACACAAUUCAUGGCGCUCACUAUAGCACAUACCCUCCCCAGUGUCCAUCACCCAGCCACCCCAUCCCUCCCACCUGCCUCCACUCCAGCAACCCUCAGUUUGUUUCCUGAGAUUAAAAGUCUCUUAUGGUUUGUCUCCCUCUCUGGUUUCAUCUUGUUUCAUUUUUCCCUCCCUUCCUCUAUGAUCCUCUGUCUUGUUUCUCAAAUUCCUCAUAUCAGUGAGAUCAUAUGAUACUUGUCUUUCUCUGAUUGAUUUAUUUCGCUCAGCAUAAUACCCUCCAGUUCCAUCCAUGUCGUUGCAAAUGGCAAGAUCUCAUUCCUUUUGAUGGCUGCAUAAUAUUCCAUUGUGUGUGUGUGUGUGUGUGUGUGUAUAUAUAUAUAUAUAUAUAUAUAUAUAUAUAUAUAUAUAUACCACAUCUUCUUUAUCCAUUCAUCUGUCGAUGGACAUCUUGGCUCUUUCCACAGUUUGGCUAUUGUGGACAUUGCUGCUAUAAACAUCAGGGUGCAUGUACCCCUUCAGAUCCCUACAUUUGUAUCUUUGGGGUAAAUACCCAAUAGUGCAAUUGCUGGAUCAUAGGGUAGCUCUAUUUUCAACUUUCUGAAGAACCUCUAUACUGUUUUCCAGAGUGACUGCACCAGCUUGCAUUCCCACCAACAGUGUAGGAGGGUUCCCCUUUCUCCGCAUCCUCGCCAACAUCUGUCGUUUCCUAACUUGUUAAUUUUAGCCAUUCUGACUGGUGUGAGGUGGUAUCUCAUUGAGGUUUUGACUUGGAUUUCCCUGAUGCCGAGUGAUGUUGAGCACUUUUUCAUGUGUCUGUUGACCAUUUAGAUGUUUUCUUUGCAGAAAUGUCUAUUCAUGUCUUCUGCCCAUUUCUUGAUCAGAUUAUUUGUUCUCUGGGUGUGUAUCAUGUAUUUUUAAAUUGUUAUUUUAUUUUUAUGGCUGUUUGGUUUUCAUUUAAGUUUAUUUGUGAUAGGAAGCAGGAAACUUAAUGGAAGCUCCACUACAUCCCAUUCUUUGCAGUUGUAGUAACAUGCUUAGUUACUUUAAUUAUAUCAUCCUGGAAAAUUGACACUCAGUUAUUAAUUUUUACAAAACAUGAUACUUAAUCUGUCAUCUUUACAUUUUAUUUUUGGUCAUUAAGCUUUAAGCCCCUCCAAAAAGAAACUCUUUAAAAUAUUUAGGCUAUAAAGUAUUUUGAAAUAAUAAUUUGAAAGUUAUGUGAAACCAGUAUCUACCAGUAUAAAAAAUCUUAGCUGCUUAGAUUUUCAAGAGAUGACAUGGAAAGAAACAACCAAUUUCCAAAAUGUAGUUCUUAACAUAAAAAAACAAAUCAUAUACUUUUGGGUGGCCAGGCCAAUUUUUAAAAUUUAAUAUUACAGCUAUAAAUGGAAAGACUAAAUGACUUAUGCAGUCCCCACCGUGGACGCAUGGCCCCGUUCUUUGUUCACAUGGCCUGUCUUCCAUUCCCUUAGACCAGGAUGGGACUAAACUCUCAUAGAAAUCACCUGAGUAUGGGUUUUCCAUUUGUCCUUUCUCUGCUGCUGCACCACCAGCUAGUCAUCUCCUUAAUUCUCAAGUUCAGUACCACCAAGGAAUUCGAGCAGAUUUUCUUCUUGGUUAACAUUCCUGAAGAAAAAUAAUUCACAUCUUUUCCCUGGAAACAGAAACUAGGGGUCACAGUGUCAGGGCAACCUAAUUGUAGGUUCUUUGGCACAGAGUAGCCAGGGCUCAAAGACAGUCCUUUUGGCAAAAGAGCGGUCACAGCGGGCCCAGCCAGGUCUGUGCAUGAGACACGACCAUUCACUGCUUUCUGGCUCAUUUACCCCAGGCUUUGGUCCAUGUUCCUGUGCACUUCAUUGGGUUUGCGUAAUAUAUGCUCACAGCCUUCAACCUUUAAUGCCUUUAUACACACCAUGUAUUUUGACUGUUAAAUAAAAUAGCCCAUUGCAAUUGUAUAGCAUGUCACCUUUUUCAAAGGACAGUUUACCUAGUUAGUAUUGGUUUUCAAGUGAAGUUUCCUAAAACUUACAAAGAUUUCCAUUUCUUUGGCCAGAAUUACUUGUUACCUCUGGUUUACUUGGGUGGCAACAUCCUGGUAGAAUCAAGGAAUCCUGUUUCCUUCCACUACCUUCAUAGUUGCCCCCAAAUGUUAUAAAUGUUAGCCAGGCCACGCUUUCUUUGAGGCUCUUAUAAUGCCAUUUAGUGUAAAUCAGACAAGGAAAUGGGACAUUACUUGUAGGAAAAAUACAAGAUACUGUGAACAGCUACACAUGGCGCUAAAAUAUACAGAUUUAUGAGUAAAUGUGUUCAUUUGGUAUGUGAAAUGAACACAUUUGUGUUGGUAGAGUAUUUGGAAGGUACUAGAAACCUACAGGGAAAUACAACUUGUUCCUGAAAGAAGAAAAACGAUCCCACUUCUUUCUCCUUGUUAUUAUCGGCCUGGCUUCUAUUUUUGAAUCCGAAGAUUGUUUUCAUGGUGGGACUUCUUGUCACUAAGCCGCGGUAGCGAUGCAUGCAAGAGCCUGCAACCCCCUCACUUCUCUCCAGUGCCUGUCUGGGAGCUCUCUCUAAGUCCACCUGCGAUGCUCAGACCACAGAAGCUAAGAGCCAUGUUUUGUAAGCACAUUAGAACUCUUUUGUCUUAAAUCUGCAAUUUCAAAACCUCCAAAUAAUGACUUUGCAGAUGGUCACAAAAGAACUUUUCUCAGGAUCAACAAAAUUCUAAUUAUUUUCAGAAGCAUAUAUAUAUAUAUAUAUAUAUUUUUUUUUUACCUAUACUUCAUCGAUGAGAGGUACUUGUGUUUUAGAGCUAAAAAGCCCUGUCUUUCAGCCCCUAAUGCCCCAGGUGAAUAAAGAAUUUGCACAGAAAGCCGUCUUGGUGUGCAUCUUCCCACGGUGCUGGCAGGGCUGUGUGUGGGGACAGCCCUCCGUGGUGUCUGCUGAGGGAAGGACAGCUGCAGUGCUCUGUUCUUUUUACUUUCUCAGGAGAAGCUGGUUUGGGUGGUUCUGCAUCUUCUUACCCUUUUAAGAAUCCUAAAGGCUUCACUUCAGCUAAAAGCCCACUGUGAGAGCUGCUUCUAAACACUGCGCCUAUGUGAAUGAACAGUCCCUCCCCAGAGCCGAGGGGCUUUCACUCUAAAAUACCGGUAAUGUAGACGGGCAGAUAAAAGGCACACUGCUAAUUGGUAAAGGAGGAACCUGCAAAUAUAUCGGGUAUUUACUUUGUGUAAUCGCCUGUCAGUUUGGUUAACAGUGUAGUUAAUAAGAAGGCAGGAUGUAGAGCUAAGCUGUGUAGGCUAACACAAGAAUAGCUAGCAGAAGUGGCUAGGUCCGGUUUCUAAGCAAAGGCAUAGGAGGCACUGGCAUCCUGAGGCCCCGCCUGCACGCGCGCCGGGGUGCGGCUGAGCUGCGCACCGGCUGCUGGUGCGCCCUGCGUCCCCAGUCCGUCCGCUACAGGCCUGCUGGGGAGAGGAGUUAAGCAGAUAGCCUCUCCUGAAUCAGAGUCAGGGUUCUUCCUGCUUCAUUUAGAACACGAAGGCUAGCCGGGAUCAAGGGCAGGAAAUGAUCAAGGGCUCCCUGUCCACCUUGAUAUGUAGCUUUCCUAUAGAAUUGCUUACAAUUGUACAGUAGCUUCAAGGGUAAUCAACGCUACCGUAGCGCGUAUUUAUUACCUGCUCAUUUUCUAUCCAGUCCCUUAAGUGAAAACACAGAAUGGACUUACUCAGGUUUUCAAACAUUUAAAUUUGUCUGAUUUUUUUAUUUUUCGAUUACUUUGUAAGAUGAAACAAUCCAGGGCUCCUGGGUGGCUCAGUCGUUAAGCGUCUGCCUUCGGCUCAGGUCAUGAUCCCAGGGUCCUGGGAUCGAGCCCCACAUCAAGCUCCCUGUUCCUUGGGAAGCCUGCUUCUCCCUCUCCCACUCCCCCUGCUUGUGUUCCCUCUCUCGCUGUCUCUUUGUGUCAAAUACAUAAAUAAAAUCUUAAAAAAAAAAAAAGAUUAAAAAAAGAAACAAUCCAGUUUUAAAUUAUCAGUUGUAAUUUAUUCUGUAAAAUUUGGCAUUAUAAUACAUAGAUCUUAUACGCCUCCUAAAUCUCCCAUGCAUAGGGUCUGUUUCCUAGUACAAAAAUCCUACUUGGAGAGUGAUCCUACAGAGUUUAUUUUGGCCUUGACUUAACAAGCAGCAGUUGUUACAUAUUCUCACAUCAUCAUUUCAAUGCUGUUGCUCUAUUUGCUGUACUGAUGCCUCUAAACUCAGCCAUUGUAUUCCAGAACAAAACUAUAAAUAUUUCUUUAGGAAAGAGUUGUCAGUUGAUAAUAUAGGCACUAGUUCCCUUACCUCUCUUUGUUCCCCAUACUUCUAGAAAUCUAGUUUUUUACAGAACGAUCAGUAACGGGUUUAAGGAAUGGGCUUACAGAUUUAAGCAGUGGGUUUUAGUAGAGCUCAACACUGCAUAUAGUCAAAUGACCUACACAUGGUGGGUAAUCAAUAAAUGUUAUUCUCUGACCGAUUGCCCACCCAGGGCUCUUCCCAGUGCCAGUUAACACCCCGUCUCCACCCCCUCAAACUCUAAUUGAAGAAAAGGAGUUUUAAAACAAAAACAACUUGGCUUCCUUGUGGGGGUUGGGGUGGGGGUAAGAGAGGUGCUAACUUAGUAUCAAAAGUUUGGCUCAUUAGAUUUUCACCAGCUACUUUAAAUCUCACUCUGCUCUUCAGACAGAAUGGUAUAAUUUAUGGACGGAGAAGAGGUAUCUUAAUAAGUGAAAGACUUUUUCAUUGGGCUCAUGUUUCUUUGCUGAAAAUAAUUUGGAAAAUAGGGAGAAAGUUACUUAACAUCUAACCCAGACAAGUUCUUUAUACUCAAUGUUGAUAAAAAGAACCAAAAAGAUCUCCUGUGACAUGUUAGAGUAGAUUUUCUGAUAAUUUAAUAUGAAGGGAAUAAUGCAAUUUGCAUCUAAUAUAGAUUUCCUUGUUAUGUAUGGGCUGACCCAAUUCAAAUGCAUAAUCUCAUUAGCUGUCCCUCUGUAUUCCCUUAGAACUGGGUCAGUGCCUGUGCAUUAGUCCUUACAGUGCUCUACCUCAUGGCAUAAUUAUUGGAUAUGCAUAACCAUAGUAUGAGCUCAUAUUAAGGGUUGGGACUCUUGAUUAGAAAUAAGGCAUGGUAGUUGGAAAACCAUGGGGCACUGGGCUCAGACAAACCAGUAUUCAAAUCCUUCUUUCCAAUUCCUUGGGAAAGUGCCUUAGCCUCUCUCCAACUUUCCUGUAUAAUACAUGUAAAGCACCUGGCCAGUUGCCUUUUGCUUCCCUCAGUUGUGUGCCCUUAGUCCUUGCCCUGGGCUUUGCACAUCACAGGGGAGCAGUGAAAGGUACAGUCGUGUUAUAUGGGCCAAGGUCAGAAUCCUUUGAUUUCCUUAAAUAAAAUCAGCAUAUGCUUUAAAUCAGUGGACUAGCAGGUGUUUUCAAAGAUCCAUCUAUAAGUUAUUUAUAUAAAAAACUUUUUAAAGAAACCAUUAUGUUAUGCAGCAAGCCAAAUAAUGAAAUAUAUAACAGUGGGACUGAUAGUCUUGGUUGCUUUUUAAAGUUUCGGGUUAUAUAUAUAUUUUUUUCUUUUUGUCGGGUUUUGUAUUUUCAACAUAAUGUUUCCAGUUUUCAACUUCUCACCUUUUUUGCAUGCAUUUUUUAAAGAAUUUCAUUAAUAAUAUAUUUUGUACUUCCCUAUGGACUUUUAUUGGGCUACUGGUAUUUCAAGAGGGGAGAGAGAAGAGGGAGUCGUGUCAUCUCACUUUUUAGUAAACAUGUAAAAUACGAGCUUUUUAGACACAGCCAUGUAUUCAGCUACCCUCAUUUCUUUAAAUGUUUCCAUUUCUUCCUUGUCAGUAUCAUUUUUUUUUUUUAAUCAUUUUAACUGUGUUUCUUCUUCCUUGAGUCCUCAGUCCUCAGGGCAGCCUAUCCUUUUACUGCCUCUGGCCCUGGGUUCGUCUUUUCUGCAGAAAGCUGCUUAAAAUUUAGGGUAGCUGUUUGUCUAAGCUCAGCACUCGCUCAGAGACCGCAUAGUUGUUUAUCUCGUUUACAGAGGACUUCUCCCCCAGCACUUCUCUUGUGUGUCUUCUCUCUCCUGAAUUCCAGUCAUGAACUCUAUCUGCCAUACCUCAGUGAUGCUUAUAAGGCUAGAGUACCACCUGAUGAACAGAAUAGAAUCAUUAUGAGUAUUCAUGACCCAUCCUGAACUCCAGAUCUUGCCAAAGUCCAGUAUUAAAUCUUAACAGAAAAGCUAGCACAUCAAGGUCUCACCGCUCAAGCUUCAGCUGGCCAUGUUCUAAGAAGUGGGUCUGAGUCAUCACAGCGCUCUCCAGGGGGGUCUCCCAGA